AUAGCCACAAGUGUAGUUAUGCACACUGUGCAGCCAAAACAGGCCCAAUAGCAAAAGCUCAAAGGUAAGACCACCCUCUGAACAAAAUCCACCUCCAUCAGUUGUGACACUUUUUGCUGAAGACUCUUCAGAGAUUUUGGACAGAGGGUAAAACAGGUAAAGGAAAGGAGGAUAUCAUGGCAACUGAUCAGGAUGUGGAGUUUGUGCGAACGGGGUACGGCAAGAACAGAGUGAAGGUCCUGGUGAUCAGGAAACAGGGGAGCCACCAUUACAUCAUUGAGCUGAAAGCCGACGUGGAGCUCACACUCAAAACACGCAAGGAUUAUUUACACGGAGACAACUCAGACAUCAUCCCCACGGACACCGUCAAGAACACUGUGCAUGCCCUGGCCAAGCUCAAGGGGGUGAAGACCAUUGAGCAGUUUUCCCAGGACAUCUGUAACCAUUUCCUGACCUCUUUUAACCAUGUGCUGAGGGCCAACGUUCAUAUGGAGGAGGCCCCAUGGAGAAGGCUGGAGAAGAAUGGAGUUGAGCAUGCUCAUGCAUUUAUCCUCAGCCCAGAAGCUUGUCGCUUCUGUGAUGUUGAACAGAAUCUUAAUGGCAUGCCCGUGGUUCACAGCGGGGUGAAGAACAUGACAGUGCUGAAAACCACCCAAUCUGGUUUUGAGGGUUUCCUGCGAGACCGCUUUACGACUCUGCAGGAGGCCAAGGACAGAUGUUUCUGCACCUCUGUCUACGCCAGGUGGCGCUACAACAAGGUUCAGGAUAUGGACUUUGAUGCUUCAUGGAAAUGUGUGAAGGAGACAAUUAUUGAGAAGUUUGCUGGCCCCUAUGAUGUUGGAGAGUACUCACCAUCUGUGCAGAAGACACUUUAUGACUCACAGCUCCUCAUCCUGGACAGAAUCCCUGAGGUGGAUGAAAUUGAGAUUGUCAUGCCCAACCAGCAUUACUUCACUAUAGACAUGACAAAAAUGGGCCUCAGCAACAAAGAUGAAGUUCUUCUUCCCUUGGACAACCCUUCAGGCAACAUCACAGGGACCGUGCGCAGGAAACAGCAAGCCAAGUUGUAAAGGCACUGCUGCUGUCAUCUACAAAUUAAUCUGAAUGAGCAGACUCAAUGCAAAAGCUAAUGUAACAUAAUCAUGAAGACCAAGACGUGUUCAGAGUUGGCCCAACAAGCCAUAAAGCUUAUGACCAUGUAAUGAAGAAUAAAGUAGAACUAUACAGA